ACUACAUUUUGCGUGAUCAUGCGCGACUGUGCAUCUCACUGUUAGGCAAGGUAGCCGCCUUUCAUUCACGUGUGUACAAGAACCGUUAACCAAUGUCAAUUAAGUUGUAGCAUGAGCAAGUUUUAGGCAUGGUGUAAUUGCUAAAGCUAUCUACAAAUUCGUGAGUGUAAUAAGUCGGACAAAAUGGAUGAAGACCCAAUAGAAACAGCAAUUGGUCGUUUUGGAAAAUAUCAAACGUGGAUAUUGUUUUUAAUCUCAGUGGGACGAUUUCCAUCUGAAUAUCAAUUAAAUAAUGUAGUGUUCAUAAUACCCAGUGUUGAGUACAAUUGCUUGGACAACAAUGUGACUAACUAUUGUCCUUGUAAUAACCCGGAAUAUGACACGAGCACUAUUGUCAGUUCGGUCACAAGUGAAUGGGACCUUAUAUGUAACAGGACAUAUCUUGCUAGUUUGACACAGUCAAUGAUGCAAAUUGGAAUAUUGGCUGGCAGUUUACUAUUUGGAUAUCUUUCCGACAGACACGGUCGAAAAUUAGUAGUGCUAAUAUCACUGUUCUUCGAAGUAGUGUUUGUAGCCGUGUCGGCUGUGGUUCCAUAUUUAUGGUUGUUUAUGAUAUGCCGAUUCUUGAUCGGUGUAACUCUUGGUGGAACAAUGCUCUGCUGUUACAUUCUGCUAAUUGAACUGUGUGGAAAAUCAUUCAGGCCCUAUCUGUCCGGACUUCAAGAAAUGCCUUUUCUACUAGCUUACUUCACGCUUCCAAUAAUAGCUUACUUUGUGAGAGAUUGGAGACAGUUACAGCUGGUAACGUCAGUGCCAUGGGUCAUAGUUAUUGUAUAUUAUUGGCUGAUACCCGAAUCUCCUCGAUGGCUGAUAACAGUAGGCAGAAAGAAGGAAGCUAUUGACAUCCUUACACACAUAGCUAAAAAAAACAAUCGACCAACCGAUAAUAUUGAAGCAAUUGUUGAAAAGGUAGAAUUAUUAAACAAGAACGACAGCAAGAAUCAACAGAAAGUCACUUAUAUAGACUUGUUCAGAACUCCAAAAAUCCGAGUGUACACAAUCAUAACAGCAUUGAUAUGGAUGUUCUGCUCACACACGUUCUUCGGCAUCAACCAGUACAUCGGGCGCCUGCAAGGCAACUUGUACUUGAACGUGCUGCUCUCUGCGGCGUGCCUCACUCCCGGCUUGAUUAUAGUCAUCAUAGCCACGCUGUACUUGAGAAGAAAAGUCAGCAUCAUAUCUAGUUUCACGACAGCCGCGGUGUCUUUAUUAGUUUUCAUAUUCAUUCCUAGUGAUAUGAGAACAGCUACAUUGGCAUUUGCGAUAAUUGGUUUAAUAGGAGCUUACACAUCAUUUGUUCAAGUUUACUUAUACUCGUCAGAAGUAUUCCCGACCGUAAUAAGAAAUACAGCAGUCGGUUUUGCUUCUAUGUUCGCGAGAUUCGGAGGUUUCAUUGCUCCGUUUGUGGUAAAUAUCGGUAUAGAGUGGGUGUCUAUUCUCAUAUUCAGUAGUGUAGCAUUUAGCGCAGCGAUUCUUUGUUAUUUCCUCCCUGAAACUAAAGCGACUACUCUACCGAAUACAAUUGAACAAAGAGAGCGAGCCAAGACGUAGAAAAUUGAUUGUGUAAUCCUUUAAGCUGAAUUAGAGACAUACGUACUCAUGCGCAAUUUGUAAAGUUUUAGUUCAAAUAUCAUAAAUGGUAUCCAUUUAUGGCAAUCUACAAGAGGAAUUUAGAUAGGCAUUAAGUAUAUUAAAAGUAUUUAUCGUUUAAGGAAUUUAUUAUCUGAAAUAAUGUAUUAAGAAUUAUGUCUAAUAAUCUUUAUUACAAUUAUCAUGGCUUUGGCAUUGAUGAGAACUCACAGUAGUAUUAAAAUAUUUCUAAAAUCUAGAAGUAAGAUAAAUUAAUUAUGACUACAUAAUAUAUUUUAUUUUAUUUUAAA